UCUCGCACCUUCAGCUAUCUCUGUCUCUGUGUGUGAAAGCAAUUUUAUUUUUAUUUAUAACAAUUUUUGCGUUUAUAAACACAACAGAAAUAAAUAGUUGGCUCGGCGCACUUCCUGGAAUCGCUCGUAUCAGCUGUUGGCCAUUGGCACCAGCUUGUAGACUGAUUCCAAUACCGUUUCCCAGUUUCCUUGGAGGAGAGAAAGGAACCUGCAGCGAAUUCCAGCCACUUUUGUUGAUUAUUAUUCGGCAUUAAUUGUGUGAAAAUCGGCUGAUCAAAUCGGCUGACACGUCACAGGAGAGCCGGAAAAGCUGUGAGGCACUCGCCGGAAAAGUCAGCGCAGAGGAAAAUUCCAUUGGAGGCCCAGUGAAAGGCGAGCACAACACAACUACUGCAUGCCAUGGACUUUUUGUUCGGCUCCCGUUCCAGCAAGACCUUCAAGCCCAAGAAGAACAUCCCGGAGGGCACCCACCAGUAUGAUCUCAUGAAGCAUGCGGCAGCCACCUUGGGAUCGGGAAACCUACGCAAUGCUGUGGCCCUGCCCGAUGGCGAGGAUCUCAACGAGUGGGUGGCCGUCAACACCGUGGACUUCUUUAACCAGAUCAACAUGCUGUACGGCACCAUCACCGAAUUCUGCACCGAGGAGACCUGUGGCAUCAUGUCGGCUGGCCCGAAAUACGAAUACCACUGGGCUGACGGUUUGACCGUGAAGAAGCCGAUCAAGUGCAGCGCCCCCAAGUACAUUGACUAUCUGAUGACCUGGGUGCAGGACCAGCUGGACGACGAGACUCUGUUUCCCUCCAAGAUCGGCGUGCCGUUUCCAAAGAACUUUCACUCCUCCGCGAAGACCAUACUGAAGCGUCUGUUCCGCGUGUAUGCGCACAUCUAUCACCAGCACUUCACAGAGGUGGUGACGCUGGGCGAGGAGGCCCACCUAAACACGUCCUUCAAGCACUUCAUAUUCUUCGUGCAGGAGUUCAAUUUGAUCGAGCGGCGCGAGCUGGCCCCGCUGCAGGAGCUGAUCGACAAGCUGACGGCAAAGGACGAGCGGCAGAUAUAGGAAUCACUGCAGGAAGCCGCAAUUGCCUGCGGUGAUGGCGGUAGCCUGGGCUUGCAGUUGGACUUGUGAUGGGAGCGCUCCGGCAGACUCGUGUAUUACGCUUUAGUUAGUUACCGCCUUUUCUUUUAAGUUUCGUUCACUGCUUCAUGGGGUGCCUCCCACUAAAAACAAAACAAAAACAAAACAAAACAUAACAUAAAAACAGCCGAUCGGCGAAGAUAACCGAACUAUAGCGGGCUAAUUGCUGAUCCAGAGCAACUACUAUAUUUUUAUAUGUGAAUCGUAACUUUAAGGAGUAUAAAUCAUAUUUAUAUGUAUAUGUAAAGGAGAAAACAAAAAGCAUCAGCAGCAGCAGCGGCAUCUGCAGCACGCCUUCGAUCACCAACACAUCCAGCUUUCGAGAAACAACCAAUAUUACGUUCACAAACUAUGCGUGUUCCCUUGUUUAUCGUUUUUUCUUUCUGUAUGUAUUGUAUGUAUUUAUUACUAUUAAACUAUCGCUAUAUAGCUUGGAGUCGUCCAGCGGAUCAAGCGAUUUUGUAAUGCAAACCCCAGCAAUGUGAGGCGACGCUCGACAGCACCCAAUAACUGAUAAUAAUUGUAGACUUGAUAAACAUUUUUGAUACGUUUUAUACUAAUAAAGAGAAUAUUAUGAAUAAA